GGUUUCCUUGCUGGUUCACUCGAUACCUUUGCUUGGUUGCUUGUUUGGCCGUUGAGAUUUUCGGUUGAAGCUUUGAUAGAAAGAGGUGGUGUAGAAAUUUUUCUGGGUCUAUUCUUGCAUUUACCUUGGAUUUGCGCCAAGAGUUGUGAAAGUGUUGAUUUGGCUGGUUGCUGAAGAUGGAUACCCCUCCUGCAGUUGUUGUUCCCGAGAAAAAUGUACACAUUGGUAGAGGAAAAGCCGCUUUGACGAUGAAAACUGAUAAAUUGAUGACUCCUAAGACUGCUGACAAAGAGUGCAAGGCUUUGGCAGAUCUUGGAAUUACUUACUUACCUGUUGUAGGUGCUUCAAAAGAAGUAGAAAAGAAUCAAACGACACAGGAACUGCAGAGGAAGUUAGAUUUGCAGCACUUUGAUUUUUUAUUGAAUGAUGAAGAAAUAAAACACUGUUUUAAAUGGGUUCCCAUCGGCCAUAUAUUCACUGCUGAGCAAACAAAACAGUUGUAUGAAUGGGCUAAGCAUGGAAAAUGGGAAGCAGAUCCUUUUAUUUCAGUUAAUGAGGAAGAUUUACUUCCGAACCUAUGUCUAUCAAACAAUGAACCAUCAGGCUCAGAUUUCGAAGAACCAUUAAUGAUUGAAGAAGGCUUUUAUGAGACAGAUGAGUCUGAUUUUGAAAUAUCAGUUCCAGGGCGCCAUUCAUCAGUUUAUACACCAGAAGAAUUAGAUGACCGUCUUGGUGUACGUGAUUUAUGCGUCGAAGAUUUCUACCCAUUACCAGAAUUAGAGUGAUGAUUAUG